CCUUCCCUCUCCGCUCGCUCCCGCCUCCUUUCCUUUCCGCUGCUGAGGCGGCGGGAGCCGAGCCCGAGCGGACCGAGCCGUGGCCGCAGCCGGCGGCGGGCGCUGAGGAGGCGGCGGCGGGGCGGGCCGCGGGCGGGCGGGCAGUCCGGCGGCGGCGGCGGCGAUGCGGCGGCCCCGCUGAGCCCCCUCAGCCCCGGGCGCCGGGGGCCGGCCGUGCGCGGGGGCCCGGACCGCCGGCAGCAUGCGGAGCGGCGAGGAGCUGGACGGCUUCGAGGGCGAGGCCUCGAGCACCUCCAUGAUCUCGGGCGCCAGCAGCCCGUACCAGCCCACCACCGAGCCGGUGAGCCAGCGCCGCGGGCUGGCCGGCCUGCGCUGCGACCCCGACUACCUGCGCGGCGCGCCCGGCGGCCUCAAGGUCGCCCAAGUGAUUUUGGCCCUGAUUGCGUUCAUCUGCAUAGAGACCAUCAUGGAGUGCUCCCCGUGUGAAGGCCUCUACUUUUUUGAGUUUGUGAGCUGCAGUGCGUUUGUGGUGACCGGAGUCUUGCUGAUUCUGUUCAGUCUCAACCUUCACAUGAGGAUCCCCCAGAUCAACUGGAACCUGACGGAUUUGGUCAACACUGGACUCAGCACUUUCUUUUUCUUUAUUGCUUCCAUUGUACUGGCUGCUUUAAACCACAAAGCCGGAGCAGAGAUUGCUGCCGUGAUAUUUGGCUUCUUGGCAACGGCGGUGUAUGCGGCGAACACAUUCCUGGCCGUACAGAAAUGGAGAGUCAGCAUCCACCAGCAGAGUGCCAACGACUACAUCCGAGCCCGCACCGAGUCCCGGGACGUGGACGGGCGCCCGGAGAUCCAGCGCCUGGACACCUGAGGGCCCCCCGAGGCCUCCCUCAUUCUCGUGCCCGUCCUUCCAAUCAAGUUUUCUUUCCCUCGUCACGACAGACUCUCACGUGUUUAAGCUGAAUUUUGUCCUCUUUGGUAAAGUUCAUUUUGGGAAAGGUCCCCCCGCCUCCCCAGAGUGGCCCUGUUAGGUAUGUGAGGCGGAGGCCCCUGCACCUGCUGUGGAGACAGUGGGUGGGCGAGACCUCCGGGUUCUCCAGCGUUUGGUGGCCGUGGGAGAGCCCGUCUCCCUGGCUGCCAUGUCCACUUGAGCUCUUCUCCGGCCCUGAGCACAGGCUUCCUUCCCGUCUGACUCUGAGCCACCCCGUCGUAUGUAUUUGUGACAAGUCAAGACUUUGGAUUAAACGGGGGCUGCCACCAGGGGGGAAGUCAAGGAAUGAAGUCAAGGAAGUCAAGGUUGGCACAGUCUGUCAGCAGUGAUUCCUGGGCAGCCCCCAUGGUGAGCUCCCUCAGCAUCGGUCUUGCUGCCAGGAUCCUCCCUUCUGCUUGUCUUCCGUGCCCCGGACAUCCGGACAGCCAGCACAGGCCCGGGCAGCCACGCGUGGCACUGAGGGUUGCAGUGAUGGGUGUGCUGGUGAGCUCUGGGCUGGGUCUGGACUUUUGGGGGAUGGACAAAGCUGGUGUCCCACAGAACUGUUGACAUGCAGGAGGGUUACCUUUCACCUCCCACCUGCUGAGAAAACACUAGAUUCUUCCUCAAAUGAAUCACCUCCCUGAGCCCAGAUUCUCCUCCAGGAAUAUGGGGACCAUCUUGUUUUUCUCUCUCCUAACUGCCCUCAAUGCUUUGAGGCUGCAUUGCAGAUUUCCCUAUCAUCUUACCCCCUCAGGUAAAAAUCCAGGAAAGAAACGCAGUCCAUCCCGCCAGCCAGGACACUUGCCCGUGUGGACAAGGUGGGGACACUCCUUUAGCGAUACGUGCUAAUUUUCCGUGGCCUGAGAGGAGUUCUAAAGUGAUUCUGUGUAGACUUGACUAGGACUCGAAAAUACUUGAAUUUGCACCAUGACACCCUUUCAUUGAUAUUUGGGGAGGCACGAAUCGGAGCUUUCCAGAGUCCUAACCAUGAACGUCCAUCUUAGAAGCUGUUGGGAAGAAAUCUAGGUGUGUCCAGUUUUUGAACUGAUUCUUGAUAAAAUGAAGAUUAUUGCGGUGAAGGAGUUAAAUGAGCCCCUAUGAUGCUGUAGUGUUGUCUUUUUCUUCCUGUUGGAGAUUAAUUGUAUCUUUUAUGGAAAACUUGUUUUAAUUUGUCAGGUUUUCACUCUGAGCUGAUUUUGAUGUUUACAAACCUCUAGCUCUAACGCUUUGUGAUUAGCCCUCACCGAGGAAAAAACAGUUAUUGCUGGUGGGAGAUCUUGCGGUAACACGGAGAGCCUCCAGGAGCUUGUGCCGGUGAACGAUCCAGCGUUGGCAGCAUUCUGUGUCAUAAGAGAGGACAGGGCAUGUCUGUGGGGGUGGCGGGAGGAGAGCAUGUGUGGGAAAGCGCCCGUCUGUGCGUGUGUGGCAUCGCAUUCUUCAUACAGAGCAGCGUUGGGGGUGAUCAGGUGGCUGGGGAUUCCUAGGAAAUGGUACUCUGCUAUCUCUGAGCGGGCAGGUCAGCUCCCUGAGCUGAACGUGCAGUACGAUCGGAGUUCUGCUGCCGUUCUCUCCCUGGGCUCCGGCCCAGGUCACAUGUGCAAACCCCUUGUCUGCGUCAGGGGCCAUGGCUGCGGGUGGGUGCAGACCCAGCUGGUCUGGGGUAACUCGCCUCCCUCUGCUCCCCCAGAGGGCAGCCAGGCCUGGUCACAGCGGGGCAGCUGCCCGGAGGGCCUGUGGAGCCCUCUCUCCGGGUCCGUCCUGAGGCAGUACAAGUCACGCUUCGCAAACGUUGAACCUGUUCUAUAUAGCGAUUCUUUCAGGAGAUUCUAACAUCUGGAUUUUAUCUGUUCAUUUUAUGUAUUUAUUUUGCAUUUGUUGAGUGUGUAUGCCUCGUCAAAACUGGGCUUAUCUGAAUCUGCGAGUUCCAUUUAAAAACAGGGUCACAGAGGCUCGCUCGGCCUUGCAUUCAGUGGGGCCCGCUUGGAAGGACCACCCUGUGCUUUAUCAGACAUCUCCUGCCGGGAAUCAUGUUACUUGGCCUCAGUGAAAAGCCGCCUUUGAAGUGAGAUUGAAGAAAAGGAUACCAUUCCGGCAGGAUCGCUGCCCAAGUUUUCCCAAGCGACUUCCAUCGGACCAGCUGGUCAUCUCGGUAAAGGAGCCCCCUGGCCUCCCGGGGCUGUGCUGCCAUCUGCCAGAAGCCAUGCCGAAGCCCAUGGACACCGGAAAGGCUGGUCACGAGGAAGAGUGAUGACAUCGAGUGCCACAGAGCGACUUAGGAGUUAACGUGCAUCUUAGGGUUAGAAUCCUUGGAAUAAUUUAUGUCCCUGUAACUAUUUAAUAUCCUUUGUGCCACGGGGCUUUCCCAUGGAGUUUGUAAAUAUAUUUCUCUCUAUUUAAUUAGCUCUCUCGCCGGUGUGAUGCACCGCCAUCCAUCUCGUCGCCUGUGGCAGGGGGAUGGUGAGAAGUGGUGAACGGGACUUGCCUGUCCAGGUGACUGUGAAGACACCUGCGUUCUUCUGACGCUGCCUCUGUGCACACAAGACCAUCUAGGUUUCUGGGGGCCUAUAGCACUUAUUAUUUUUUUCUUGGCAAAUUAAAGGAAGCGUGUUUUUGCAUUUGAUAGUUCCAAUAUGGGUCAAUGGCAGUUUGUUUUGGGGUAUUUUCAGACUGAGGCAAUCUUAGUGUUUCUCAAUUUUCUGGUGGGAUGAUAGUGGCUUUCACGGUCUGUGCCAAACCUGAGGAGAGCUACAGUUGCUUUGCGCGUUUGAAUUUGUUCCUAGCGGCUGUAUGGUUGAAACCCUCAAGCAUUUGGUGGUUUUAGAUGGAUGCAAACACUGACAUCUUCAGAGAAAGUUUAUCUUGGCACGGAUUUGGUGGAUGUGGUAUUUCUUCUCUCUGAUUCUCCUUUAUCUUCCCUUUACACUGAAUGAAGGCAUGAAAGGAAAUACCUUCUCCCUUUCACACAAAGAGAUUGCAAUCAUCAAAGCCCAAAGGCACUUGGCCCCAUAUAACGCUGGGGGAGGACCAAGGCAUUUAGAGGUUAAAGUCUCAUAAGAACCCGACUGGCAUGGCUCAGUGGUUGAGCAUCGACCUAUGAACCAGGAGGUCUCGGGUUCGAUUCCCAGUCAGGGCACAUGCCUGGGUUGCGGGCUCAGUGCCCAGUGUGGGGGCUGUGCAGGAGGCAGCCAAUCAAUGAUUCUCUCUCAUCAUUGAUGUUUCUAUCUUUUUCUCCCUCUUCCUUCCUCUCUGAAAUCAAUAAAAAUAUAUUUGAGAGAUUACCUGUGCCUAGAAAAAGGCAAGAAUGUAAUAGCCUGCCCAGUCCCAAUCCUUAUCCAUGUCUUCCUUGGCAGCCUGCACUGAAGGGCCUGCAUCGGGGAAGCCAGCGAGGCCCGGCUUGGCUCUGAGGGUGUGGCUUGGGGAAGUGGACCACACUCAUGGCCCUUUGGGUACCAUUACUGUCCCCUGGUAGGAACGCUUAGGCCCCUGGGUGGGUAUGGCACGUAUCUGACCUCCACCCUGUGCUGGAGGCUUCUGGUGAGAGCUUUGUGACUCAGUUGAAAACAUUCCUACUCUUUUCUUUUUUUCAUUUCUUACCUGAGGAUAUGUUUUGCAUUGAUUUUAGAGAGGGGGAGGUGAGAGAGAAACAUCGAUGUGAGAGAAACAUCUGUAUAUACCAUGACCGAGGAUAGAACCCGCAACCAGGUACGUGCCCUGACCUGGAAUCGAACCCACCAACCUUUAGUGUCCGGCACAUCACUGCAGCCAAUUGAUACUCACCAGCCAGGGCCAUUCCUGCUUGUUUAAAGUAGGCAGCUUCAUCUACCUUCUUGAAGGUUUCUUUCAUUCAGACUUGGGGUUAAGCCAUAGCUGGUCUGUGAGGAGAGGGAGCAGUCUCUGUCUGCAUAGGCCUGUGCAUUCUUGCUGGCAGUGAAUGAGCCUUGAAUGCCACCCUCCCCCGGCCCCCACCUGUCUGUCCUACGUGUGGCCCAGCCUCACCUUUUCUUACGGACACUCGCGCUGUUUGGGAAGCAGCCCCUCUCCGCGUGUUUAAGAGAUGGACCAGGUUCUAAUAUCCGGCUGUUCAAGGUCUUCUGUGGGUUUUAGAACCCAUCCUGACAGGAUGAGUGGGAUGUGGAGACAACACGUGGCUAAUUCAGUGGUUCUGGGAGGCAGUGGCUGUGUAUGGGGUUCCAUUGGAGCCAUCCCUGUUCAAAGCAAAGCAACAGGAAGUGGCUGUGCGACAGCCCGGUUCCCAUUUUCUCCACAUCUCAUUUAUAGGACAAUGACCACACUGAACAGGUAGUAACAGGCACAGACACUUUCUAGGUUGAGGGCUGCUGCAGAUUGCUUCUCUCCAGCAGAAUAAAAAGUUGCUUCCUGCUCCAGGGAUUGCCAUUAGCUUGUGAGGUCUCCAGCCCACUUUCUUAUUUCUCAGUGAAGUUUGCAGAACCCAGGGCUCUCUCUUCCCUACGUCUUGCUUAUUUUAUCAGCACCCACUUUUAGGAGCAGAAGGGUGAUGAGGUGAGGUGGGAGCUGGGGCAGGUCUGAGAGGUGAGAGGAGGGGGCCCCUCGGCCCAAGCUCUGUCUGCUGUGGGGCUGUUGACAACACUAGUCUUGAAAAGAUGUGCUUGGGUAACUACCUCUCUAUCGCCUGUCUCUGGGACAGUGAGGGCUUGUGUUCUGGAAUCAGCUUGAGAGCCGGGGCUGAAAGUAGCCCAGUGUGCCGUGUCCCCCGGUGGGCUCUGGGUGUUUGGGAGCGCAGGGCUGGCCAGGUGACUUGGGUUCUGGUUUCGGUGCCACCUGUGAGCGGACUCGGACCGAACACUGCCUUGUAAGCUUCUCAGCUCUUUACAGAAUCACGUGUCUCUUAUCACAUAGUGUUGAAAUCAUAAGAACUGUCUGGUUGAGAAGGUAAUCUGAAAUAUUUGAACCUUUACAUUUCUUUCAUUUUGAAACUGUCUCUGAAAGAAAAUACCCUCAAAAUCUGUGAGAUCUAGACCUGUCUUCUGAAAGCGAAAGUUCUGCUUGAUUUAUCUUCCCACCAGUUAUCGGCGCUUAUCCCCGCUAAGGCCUGGAAUAGAGCAGUGGGCCCCGUAGAUUUUCCCUCUUUUGGUCUAGUCUAUAUUCUUCCUCCAUUUGGAUAUAAUUUCUCAAUCUGGGUGAUUUUUUCCCCCCUCUAGUUUAUCUUAUUCCAUAGGUAUAAGGGUAAAGAAAAGUUACCCACAAGCCCACUGAGUUGGAAUGAAUCAAUGGCAGUUUUGCCUAGAAUAAAGUUUAUAUUAUGGAUCCUUGAUUAGUCUAUCUUUUUCAUAGGGUUAGUUUGUUGUCUGCUUUUUGUUGUUUUUAAUCUUCCACUGAGGAUAUCCCCCCCCUCCCCCCAUUGAUUUUAGAGAGAUGUGGGAGGGAGGAGGGAGAGACAGAGAGAGAAACAUCAAUGUGAGAGAGACACAUGGAUUGGUUGCCCCCCGGCACGUUCCCGACCAGGGCCAGCGAUUGAGCCUGCAGCCGAGGUAUGUGCCCUUGACAGGAAUCAGACUCGAGACCCUUCACUCUGCAGGCGGAUGCUCUAUCCACUGAGCCAAAUGGUACACAUUUUUUAUGCCAAGAGUUUAAUUCGGGCGCCCUGGAGUGCUUUGGGCUGCAUUGCACCAAGGCGGGGAGCCUUCAUCAAGGGGUUAAUGGCCGGGGCUCUAGUGAGCUAUCAGGCUUGUGUGGUUCCCAUGUAGAGGAGGACAUUGUCUCGGAUGACCUUUGUUGGUGGUCAGAGGAGAGAAGGUGUGACCUAGUUGAUUCCAUAGUAAUCUGAAGCCCAGUAGGAAGCACCUCCCUUUAUGAGAAAAGCCACCUGAUGGGAAGGCCAGGGCGUAAGGCCUGUGAGGGGACCUGAUGACCAGGCCAGGCAGGGCCGGGCCUCACUGGGCCUGCUUCCCUCUUUCCUGCCUUUUCCAGAAUCGAUUUGCAAGUUUUAAGAUUCUGUCCCCAUCUCUGCAGAAGUGAGGCAAGCAAAUAUUUGGGGUUUGAAGGGAGAACUGGCCGGUCCAAGGGCUGGGGGAAGGCUGACUCUGAGGACAGGAUCAAGCUGGCCCAGCCCCAUCGAGGGGCCACCUGCUUCCAACUCUUUCACCCCGUAAACCCACUCAGAACUGCGUCUUCAAACCCUGCCUCAGGACGGAAUGGCGUGUGCGGAUAAAGCUUUCUGUAACUCGAUUUUUGAUGCGGCUUCCUCUAAGAGAACGCUAGGGAUCGAAACUAUCUGUAUAUGUUGCAGUUUGUAAGGGUUCAGGAACCCAUGGCAAAAACACGUAACUAAUUUAUUACAGGUAUGACUGUCUGUCCCCCCCCCCGCCCCCGCCCCCAAAGUAGGCAAUUCCGUCUUUGUAUAUUUUACGACAAAUAAUAAUCACUUCACCUUUGGUGCCUUCCGUGUGUCGGUCACGUAAAAACUCUUGUUAAUCAUGGAAUUGAAAGAAAGAUGUACAUUUAGUUAAACCAGAUAACACUAUUUUUGUAGCAUGAUUUUAGAUUGUGUCCUUUUACUGUUGCUUUCAGCAGUGCUGGUUUUGCGGUUGGCCGUUUUCCCUGUAAACCUCCUCCGUCUUUAAAGAAAAAAGACAAAACCAUCCCUGGCUGUUCCUUGCUCCCCCCUGCUCUCCCCCCGCCCUUUUUUCUGCUUUCUUAAACAGUCUGAGAGGGAGAGUAUAUUUCUGUGAAAUAAUCCUUAGUCUAUCUGCAUUGGGCAUUUUUUAACCCCUUGUUCGGUCGAGGGAGCCACUGCUCACCCCAGACAGGGAGAGGAGCGCGGCUCCGCAGGGACAGAACAGUACUCUCGGUGCUUGGUGCUCUGACUUCCCUUCUCUGGCUCAGCCCGUGGACAGGCCCGUUGUCGGGGCCAGUGAAGCAGAGGGUGUCCGCAGGCCUGGCUUUGCUGCCCGAGCCUGCCAGAACCCCCGCGGGCCCCGGGCUCGCCUUCCCCUGGAUCUGACUGGCGGGUAGGCCCGGGUAGGCUCCCAGGCCCUGUCCGGUUUGGGGCCUGAACCAGACAGACCCCCUGCUGUGAGGAGCGCGAUGACAUCACCACAGGAUCACACUCUGGCUGCCCCCUCUGGCUUCCCCGUCCCUGCAGGACACGAAAAACCUUGAGGAAACUAGCUGAGCCAUUGCAACAUGAAGGAAUGGGCUUAUUGAAACAAAAGCUAGCUUUUUUUGUGCUUUCUGAAGGGCCAGAAUAUGGGAUCAUUUUCUAACAGAGCAAGUCAAGUCAGAUGGUUAGUAACUCUAGAUGACCACUCACUGGUACUUGGCCCAGAGGUACCUGGGGGAGCAAUGCUAAUUUAAUAACCAUUACACUUUACUUCAUAAGUCUAGUUCCUUUAACAGUUUAGCUGGGGGGUAUUCCGAGGUGAUGCCCACACGGGAACUUUGGUUAUGCUGGCGGCUGGCCAGGGCUCCCACCCCGGCUUCUCACACCGUAUGGGUGCCCUGGGGUGGGCACCCCCUGCUCUGACUGGCCGGGGGUGGGACUCUGCCCACUGGGAGUGAUGUUGGGCCCCAAAGCCUUGGCCCCUGUUGGUUUGUCCCCAGCAGCAGACACAGCCUCACCUUGCCCUCAAUCCCUUUUCUUUUGAAGGACCAAUUUUUCACGGUACUUGUCCUGAUUGUUUUCAUAGUGUUCAAAUCUGUAUUUUUGUAAGUAGAGGGAAAUAAUUUUCUCAACACUAAUCGCUAAUGUUGUAUUAAACUGUCAUGAAGGAGUUCUUGUUUAAUAAAUGGACAUG